UCUACUACUACUACUACUACUUCUACUACUACUACUACUACUACUACUACUACUACUACUACUACUACUACUACUACUACUACUACUACUAUUACUUCUACUACUACUGCUACUAUAACUCCUACUACUACUACUACUUCUACUACUUCUACUUCUUCUUCUUCUUCUACUACUACUACUUCUACUACUACUACGUCUACUACUACUACUUCUACUACUACUUCUACUACUAUUACUACUACUACUAAUACUACUACUACUUCUACUAUUACUACUACUACUACUACUACUACUACUACUAGUACUGCUUAUACUACUACUACUACUACUACUGGUACUACUACUACUUCUACUACUACUACUACUACUACUACUACUACUACUACUACUACUACUACUACUACUACUACUGCUGCUACUUCUACUACUACUACUACUACUACUACUACUACUACUACUACUACUACUGCUUCUUUUACUACAACUACUACUACUACUACUACUACUACUACUACUACUUCUACUUCUUCUUCUUCUACUACUUCUACUACUACUACUACUACUACUACUACUACUACUUCUACU